AAUCAUCACAUCAUAAAUGAAGUUUACCUCUAUCGUAAAAAAUUAUAUAGACUAUAGACUAAUUGAAUAGCCUAUUUAUUCCGUAAAAUAUAGUUAUAAAUUAUAAUAUCUGUAAUAAUGUAUCCAAAUCCAGCAUAUGGAGCUUACAAUCCAGGAGGAAGUUAUGGUGGUCAACCUCAAGGAGGAAAUUAUGGUCAACCUCAAGGAGGAAAUUAUGGUCAACCUCAAGGAGGAAAUUAUGGUCAGCACCAAGGAGGAGGUUUUGGUCAACCACAAGGUUUUGGCCAACCUCAAGGAGGUCAACCCCAAGGAGGUGGCUUUGCUGCACCAGGUGGCUAUGGUCAGCCCAAUCAAAUAAACCCUGAUGUCCAGUCAUGGUUUCAAGCUGUAGAUAAGGAUCGUUCAGGGCAAAUCAGUUGGGAAGAACUUCAAGCUGCCUUAAUCAAUGGACAAGGUGAAAAUUUCUCCCCGACAGCUUGCAAAUUAAUGAUAUCCAUGUUUGAUAUUGAUCACAGUGGAACUAUUGGGAUAAAUGAGUUUCAGUUGCUUUAUAACUACAUUAACCAAUGGCUAGCAGUUUUUAAAAACUAUGAUAGAGAUGGUUCAGGCAGUAUUGAUCAGACAGAACUUACACAAGCGUUUCAACAAAUGGGCUUUAGAUUUUCUCCAGAGUUUGUCAAAUUUUUGUUAGCGAAAAGUGAUCUUAAAACCCAUAGCAGGAUGUCUGUUGAUCAGUUUAUUGUAGUAUGUAUUCAGAUUCAACAAUUCACUGAAGCUUUUAAAAAGAAAGACCGCGAACUGAAGGGGUUAUAACACUAGGUUUUGAAGAGUUUUUGGGUAUUGCUUUGAGUUGUUCUGUAUAAUUACCAUAUGUAUCUCAAAAAGAAGGAAAGAUCAGUUAAAAUUUAGUAAAAUUAUUUCCAGUUUAUAUACAUUUAUUUAAGUGUUGUAGAAAUAUUCAUAUAUUUUAUACUAUUAAAAUUUCUAAUAAUUC